AUGGGUUGCAAGGCCAUUAAGGGGAUAUGGACUCAAGUAAAGCGUCGGAUAAGUUACAUGGUCGGAAAGUCGCAGGAUAAUCAAGAAGUGAUUAACUUGAAUGCCUCUGAAUCUCUUGUUUCAUCAUCAGAACCUCGUCGCUCCAAGUAUGAUGUGUUUUUGAGUUUCAGGGGUCUUGACACUCGGAGGGGAAUUACUUCUCAAUUAUAUGAUCAGCUGCAUAACAAGAGAAGAAUUGCAACAUUCAUGGAUGAUCGAGAUCUUGAAGUAGGGGAUGCUAUAUCUCCCACUCUACUAAAAGCAAUUGAAGAAUCAAGGUUUGCAAUUGUUGUCCUUUCUCCAAACUAUGCCUCUUCUACUUGGUGUUUGGAGGAACUUGCGAAGAUCUGUGAGUGCAUGAAAGACCAGAACAGAAUUCUUCCACUUUUCUAUAAUGUCGAGCCUACUAAUGUACGGUUCCAGAAGAGUAGUUUCGAAGAAGCUUUCAACAAGCAUGAAAGCUCUGGGCGAUACACAUCAGAGAAGGUGCAGCGGUGGAAGGAUGCUUUGAGCAAAGUGGCCAGUUUCUCUGGGUGGGAUUCAAACAAUUACAUAACUGAUACAGAACUUGUGGAGAAAAUUGUGGAUUCUGUGUUCAAAAGAAUACAACCUUUUGACGUUGAGUUUACAAUGUCCACCGGAGAUUUUGAAGCGUAUGAAGCAACAAGAGAAUCCAUGGGUGAGAUUAUGAAGAAGCUUAAAGAUGACAACGUCACUACCAUUGGGGUCUACGGAAUGGGCGGAGUCGGCAAGACAACCCUGGUAAAACAUGUUGCUGCUCAAUCGUGCAAAAAUGGGAUUUUUCAUCAUGUGGUUAUGGCUGUUGUAUCCCAAAGCCCCAACGUUGAAAGAAUUCAACACACAUUACUAGAAGAGCUGGUGGGCUUCUCUGAACUGGAGAAUUUAACAGAAAGUGGAAGAGCCUCGAGAUUGUAUAAAGAGAUAAUGAGGAAAGACAAUAUUCUCAUAAUCUUGGACGACAUUUGGGAUUCUAUAGAUUUGUCCAGAAUAGGAAUUCCCAGCUAUGACCUGCUCAAAACACACAAUUCCAAAGUCCUAAUCACCACGAGAAAAUUGCAUGUUUGUAAUUCCAUGCACAGCCAAGCAAGCAUUCCUCUCAAUAUCUUAUCAGAACAAGAUUCUUGGAGCUUGUUUGUGAAGAAAACAAAAAGAUCUUUUGAAUCAACCACUUUUGAGGGUGUAGCGAGAAAGGUUGCUGGAGAAUGUAGGGGUCUACCCAUUGCUCUGAUAGCAGUUGCAAGGGCACUUGGAGAUAAAGAUCUGGCGGAAUGGCAAACAGCAGCUCAACAAUUAAAGAAGUCGCAAAUUGCCAACCUUGACCAUAAGGACGAUGCUUUCAGUUGUAUAAAAUUAAGCUAUGAUUACUUGAAAGAUGAGGACUACAAAUCAUGCUUCUUGUUGUGUUGCCUAUUUCCAGAAGACUAUGACAUCCCAAUAGAAGACUUGUUCAAGUAUGCAAUUGGGAAAGGAUUGUUUCGAGACACUGACACAAUAUAUGAAGCCAGAGCAAUAGCAGAUACAGUGGUCAAGCACCUGAUAGAUUCAAGCUUGCUUUUGGAUGGUAAAUAUCGUGGAUGUGUACGGAUGCACGGUGUCGUCCGGGAUACAGCCAUGAGAAUUGCAAAAUGUGAAGAUGGGCAUGGGUUUUUGGUGAGAGCUGGAUGUGGUCUUAAGGAUUGGUCAUGUCGAUCACAUGAAGACUACUAUGCUAUCUCACUGAUGGAGAAUAAACUUCACAGUCUGCCCGAUGAGUUGAUAUGUCCAAAUCUUCAGAUUCUGUUACUACAAGAGAAUCAGGAUUUGUAUAAGAUCCCAGAGACCUUUUUCCAAAGUCCGAAUGAAUUAAGGGUCUUAGAUCUUAGCCGCACCAACAUUUCAUUGCUGCCCCAGUCAUUCAAUCUCCUGACCAAGCUCCAAGCUCUGCAUCUAGAUUUUUGCCGUAAAGGAGUUGACAUUUCCAUAGUCGGAAAACUUAAGAAGCUUGAGAUACUUAGUAUGAGAGAUUAUCCUCUUACGGAGCUGUCUAGAGAAAUAAGAAAUUUGACCAAUCUAAGGAUGUUGGAUAUCGGUGGCCGUAGUUCUCACGGUGGAGGUAUUGUCACAAUUCCAUCUAAAGUGAUAUCAAAGCUGCAUAGAUUAGAAGAAUUGUACAUGAUGUACUGUGGAUUUGUGAACUGGGAAAGUCCAAUUGAGGGAGAAGGAGAUGAAAUCAAUAUUGGCUUUGGUGAGCUAGCUGGUUUAUCAAAGUUGAAAAAUUUGCAGGUUUCCUUACCUAAUGCAGAAUGCAUCCCUAAAAAUGUCGAGGUCGAACCAGGUUGGUUUUACUUUGAUAUACGUAUUGGUGGAUGCGCAAGCGCAAGCGAUCUAAAUUAUCAGUUUGAUCGUAAAUCAAGAUCCUUGCUUCUUCGUGAAAUAACCAUCAGUACCUUACCUGAUUGGUUUAUCAAAGCGGUGACAGAGAAAACAGAAAAGCUAAAGUAUGACCGCUGCAAAGGGAUGAGUGACAUUGUUAUGGAAUAUGACCACGGGAGGUUACAUAAACUCAAGCAUCUCACAGUACGUACGGAUUUCUAUGGAUACUUGAAAGUGUUGAUGAACACAACAAGACGAGUUGAAACAGGACCCGUGUUUGAGAAUUUGGUAGAGUUGCAUCUGAUACAUCUGAUUCGCCUGGAGGAGUUAUGUGUUGGUGAGCUACCACCUGGGUCUCUCUCAAAUCUCAAGGUAUUGCAUAUGCAUGGUUGUUUUAUCUUGAAGAGUGUAUCAAAAUUUGUACAUAGACUACCAAAUCUGGAGAAACUAUAUCUGAAUCGGAUGAAGGAAAUGGAAUAUGUGUUUGGAUGCGAAGGGUGUGAGCCAGAACAAUCAAAACUGAAAGAGAUGCAUUUGUUGUAUCUAAAAGCACUAAGAAGCAUAUGUAACGGUCCGGCUCCACGUGCAAUGUUUCGGAGUCUUAAAACCUUGACCGUGUACCAUUGCGAGCUGCUGCAAAGUCUGUUCGCAUCUGAUGUAGCUGAGUGUCUUGUUCAAUUGGAGGACCUUCUUGUAGAGGAUUGUCCUUUGUUGGAAAGAGUAAUGGAAGCAGUGAACAAAGAUAAGACGGUUCUACCAAACCUGAAGAACUUGGUUUUGAAGAAUCUUCCUAUGUUGUAUGGUCCAAGUGCUACUACUGUUGAUAUUGAGUGUCCUUCAUUGGAACGAUUGGUGGUGGUGGAUUGCCCCCAGCUUCCAUUUUCAACCUCUUCCGAUCUCUUCCUACUCUACUUUGGCAGCAGGAACCCUGUCCAACUCAAUGAUCCGCAACUGUACAAGUUUUUACGUAGCUGA